AGCUUCCAUAGGGCUGCUCGCAGACCCCAAGGGGCUGAGUGGCCUGGAAGGUGUUAGACCAUGUCUCACUCAGGUGGAGCACAGCCCUUGGGCCUCGUGUUUCUUUUGGGGAUGGGGAUGGCAUCGGAGAGGACAAACUGCCCAAGCAGGUGUACCUGUCAGUACCUGGAGGUGAACUGCACAGGGCAACAGCUGCAUGAGUUCCCUGCAGCCAUCCCGCUGGACACCAGGCAGCUGGUUCUGGCAGUAAACAACAUCUCGUACCUGCCAGCAGUGGAAUUGAGCUUCUUGGCUGAUUUGGUCUAUCUGGACUGCAGGAAGAACUUCUUGGGGGAUGACCUGGAUUUCACUUUCAUUGGUGUGGCCAAGCUUGUCUAUCUGGACCUCAGUUUCAACAAUCUCACGCAGGUCACCUUCAGCACCUUCUCCAACCUCCUUAGCCUGGUGGUUUUGAAGAUGUCAGACAAUCCUAACCUUGUGGCCAUUGAAAAGGAUGCGUUCACCAACAACACCUGGCUGAGGCACUUGGAUGUGAGCCGGACGGGCUUAACAUUCCUGGACACCAGCACUGUCCGUGACCUGCCCAACCUGAGGUUUCUGGGGCUCAGUGACAACCCAUGGCACUGCAACUGUUCCUUUUUGGACUUCAUCACCUGGAUGACAGAGAGCAACGUUCAUUUUCCAGAUGCUGACAAUGUCACCUGCUACACCCCAGAAGGCCUGCAUGACCGGAAAAUGCCCAUGGUGGAGGCACAGCUCCACUUCAGCUGCCUGACCCAGCUGUACAAGCAGGACUACAUCUUUCUGUGCCUCAUUGGCUUCUGCAUGUUCUUUGCUGGCACCAUGGCAGCCUGGCUAGCCGGCAUCUGUGUUGUCAUCUGUGAAUUCCAUGCUUCAAAGGGGGAGGAGGAAGAGGAGGAAGAGGACACAGUCACUUAG